UCCAUCACAUAGUCAGGAAGAUCAUUACAACAGUCAAGUGAAAUGUUUACCUCUGCAAGCAGCAACAAGCUUUCAGCACAAGCUUGCAUGGGCUGUGAAUAUGCACAGACUACAAGUAAACAAAAGCUGAAGCGGCCUUCAAGUGUUAAGUGUGGAAAAAGAUGUUUUGCGGCAAUGGCCGUGACUGAAGACAACACAGGUGUGUAUGUGGUUUUCCAAUCCAAGCAGAGAGGCCACGACUUUGAACUGGGUGGUGUUUUUCUGUCCAAGUCGGAAAGAGCUGCUAUUGCUGGCUUGCAGUUACCUGGAUUGAUAUGGCUUAUGAUCCUAGUGGGAUUCAAUGUCUCAAAACAGCAACAAGCUGCGAGAAGGCGUGUCCAUGGAUGCAGUACUGGAUAAUGUGCGGUCCAACGUGGAUGAGACGUUCCACUGCAUUAACCUGUUAAGCAAGCAGGAUCCACCAAGGACAACCUUACAAAAGUGAAAUUUUUGAGAGAAAAAAUGAGGACCUUUUGGAUGAGAGAUUUUAUGCUAGUCAUCAUGACCACACCACAACAGGAGCUUUUCAAGAGGCUUGGAACUGAUUGUGUAUGUGUCGAUGGAACACAUGGAACAGCAGGUGAGCAUUACUAUAUAAAUGCAUUAAUAAUAAAAGCAAAAAAGAGGGAAUGCUGUUUGAGAAUAAUUGCAAUAGAUAUGAUGAGUAGUAUUCCUCCACACUU